UAAGAGUUAUGAGAUUGAAUAAAAAUAUAUCAAGAUUUAAAAUCUAUAAGUAUUUAAAUGUCUAGUGUGAAUAAUAAAAUUAAACUUUAAAUCGAAAAUAAACCAAAAGUGAAAUAUAAAAUUGUAAUAAAUUAUCGAUAACAGAAAUAAAUACUAAAUUACAUCAACUAGUUUUUUUAAUAGAAUCCACAUGAUAAUAUAAUCUUUUUUAUUAUUAAUUAAAAUGCAAAACAUAUUCUAAUAAUGUAACAGAAAAAUUCAAGAAAAAAAUAAUUAAAAGUUAUAUAUUGGUUCAACCAAUGAUUCCCCCGGUAACGGAAUUCCGGAUUUUAACGAAUUUUUGUGGGUUUUACCUGAUUUUAAAAUAAUUAGUUUUUCCUAAAAUCCAAACCGGAUUACAUGAUGCCCGGUUUAACGGUUCGACUCAAAACACUCUUUCAACCGAAUAAUCUUAAACCAGUUCGACAAACCUUAAUUGGGCCGUGGUUGAAACAUUCUGCAACGGCUAUUAACCUUUUUGUUUUUUUCUUCUAUAAAUUCACUUGUUUCGCCUAACCUCGUAGUCUCUAGAUUGAAAAGUUACCGUUAAAACAAUUUCAAGAAAAGCGCUCUUCGUCUUCCUCCUCUAAGACUCGUCUCUCUCCCACAAGAUCUUACCAAGAAACUACUCCAUUUUCGAAAGGAACAUGAACACUCUUCAACAGAUGAUCUUCCCUGACGAGAACGCUCCCAUUCAUCGCAAAAAGUCUGUUGUUACAGCUGCUUCUGUGCUUGGUCAGAAGAAGAAACCUGGAGGAGCUCGUAAGGCUCUCAAUGAUAUCACCAACAAGUCAGCUGGGGCUCAUCCCAAACCUUCUUCCAAGACCAAGCAACUUGCUGGGGAGAUGUUCUUGCAUGACCACAGCAAAUGCAUCAAGGAGCAGCAAAGUCUCUGGGACGAUGAUGAUCUUUUGCUUCACCAUGAUUCUUCUUGCAUCAAGGAAAAGAAUCUCAAGUACAAUUUGACUUGUGACGAACCAGAAGAGAUUCCAUCGCCCAAGUUGACUAGUUACCUGAAGAGCUCAACUCCAUGGCGCUCUCCAGUCCGCCAUGGCUCUAUGAUGAUGUUGAUGCCUUCCACUCCUCUUGCUUGGCGGUUCGAUUCAGCUGAAUUCACACUCAAAGAAGACUACGACGACCUCUUCUGAAUGUCUUUUAUGAGUUUUCAUCCUUCAGAUGAAGUUAGUAGUAGUUAGUAGCGACUAUCUCUUGUUCAACUCAAAAACUGUUUUAGUUUCUUCAUGUACUAGUACUACUCUGUGUCCAUAAUUUCAUGAAAUAGAAAGCUGAUAUCUUUUCUAGUAUAUGAGCAUUCUCAGUAACAUUAAGAAGAUCCGUGAUCAUUCUAUAUCUCUUAAACGGUUGACUUAUAUUGCCUUAUUAUAUUUUGACACUGCGAUGACACAUGAUUAUUGUUUCACCUGUCUGUCUUCUUCAAUGUUCCAUAACAUCUCCAACGUGUGAAUCUACAACUUACAGUAUAGACUAUGGCUAACUACGGUUUGAGCGGUGCGAGACAACCGGUUUAACUGUGAUACAGUUUUAACAGUUAUAAAAACGUAUAGAUAUAUAAUAUAUGUAGAAAUUUUUAUUACAGUUAACUGCAGGACGAAACAGUUCAUAAAAAUAACUGUUCGUAAAUUGUUCCAAUCUUCUUUAAACAUUUUGAGUAAUUAAUUAGUAUUUUUAUAGAUGGAAAGUGGGGUAAAACAUCUAAAAGAUUCUGAUAAGAUUUGCCAUUACUUUGACGCUUGGUUCAACUAGAAUGGACCAAACAAAAAUGUAUUAUAUUCAAAUGCUGAGAAAAUCAAGAGAGAAUAGGAUGUGUAUUCAUCAUAAAGCAGCAGUUGACUUCAUCGAUCUUAACAACUCUUUGCUUAGGAGACAACAAUUAGAGAGAGAGA